CAAGAUGGCUGAUCAUCUGUUAUGUAGGUGAAAUGUUAUCAAACAUUUUUGAAAAAAAGUAUAAACAAACAAUUGCAAAAUGUGCGAAAAUGUUGUAAAUAGUAUAAAUAUGAAAAAAGUUAUAUGUCUCAGUAAUAACAGAGUUUCCAGGAAUUAAAAAUCAUGACCAUUUCAAUGAAAACAUGUCGGAGUCCCAAAGUUAAUAGUGAGGAUAAAAUUCAUACUUCUGGAGGAGCAGUGGACGGAUUUACUAAAUUCGGAGUUGAUAAAAAGAUUAGUACAUUUGUCGUACUGAUUGCACUAUCUAAAAGUGCAAUACAGACAGAGACGCUACUAGAGACGUCAAAAUUAUCAUCGCCUGUCGAAGUGAAAAAAUCUCUUAAUGCUGAAGAUUUAGAUACAGCUGCCAGUGAUAGAAAUUCUCUGAUUCCAGCAUUCCUCGUCAGUAGGGAUUAUGGGGGAUAUGGAGGUUAUGCAAGUGGAACACCUUAUGGUUAUAGUACAACAUAUAGAGGUGGAUAUCGAGGCAACUAUCCUGGAAUAAUUGGGGGUGGAAACCUCGGUUAUGGAUAUUAUGGAAAUGGGUAUGGAACUGGUUCAUAUGGGACGAAUUACUAUCCAGGAAAAUACAGUGGAUAUGGUACCGGUUAUGGUGGAUAUGGUACAAAUUAUGGAGGUUAUGGCACCAAUUAUGGAGGUUAUGGAACCAAUUAUGGAGGUUAUGGUAGCAAUUACGGAGGUUAUGGGACGAAUUAUGGUGGAUAUGGUACAGGUUACGGUACUGGUUACGGUACUGGUUACGGUACUGGUAAUGGAGGUUAUGGUACAGGUUACGGAAUAGGAGAUUAUGGAUAUUCUGGAUAUCCAUCGUAUGGUUAUGGUAAUUAUGGUGGCUAUGGACAAAGUUAUUACGGUGGUACACCCUCAGGCUAUCGAGGUUACUCAAAAUAAUUUCCAUACCAUUAAUUCUCAUAAAUAUUUAUAUUUAUAAUUUAUAAAUAUUUUCAUUGUCUAUUCUUCUAAUUAGAAAUUAUAUAUUUUUUUUAAAAUAAAUUUUACAAAAACGAAAA